AUGAACAUUGAGAAGGCAUUAUGUGAUCUCGGAGCAAGCAUAAACCUCAUGUCUUUGGCCAUGAUGAAAAGAAUGAGAAUAGAGGAAGCCAAGCCAAUAAGAAUGUCACUCCAAUUGGCUGACAGAACGUUUAAAUUCCCACAUGGUGUGGUGGAAGAUCUAUUGGUGAAGAUGGGGGAAUUCAUCUUCCUAGCUGAUUUUGUUAUGCUUGACAUGGAGGAAAAAGCCAACACAUCAAUCAUCUUAGGAAGGCCAUUCUUAGCUACUGUUGCAGCCAUAAUUGAUGUUCAAAAAGGGGAGCUAGUCUUGAGAUUACAUGAAGAGAAGAUAGUUUUCAAUGUCUUCAAGGCAAUGAGCUACCCCAAGGAAGCCAUUAAUGAGUGCAUGAUCGUGGAUACCAUUGAAAACUUGGUUCAAGGAGUCCUGGAGGAAGAACAAUGUGAAGAAACCUAG